GCUGUCAGCAAGUCCUACUUUCAGGUUCUCUUUUCUUGAUGUUACAGAGUUACCCUUAGUUCAAAGAUGGCAUCCUCGUCUUCAACUCCUGGUGUGAGACUGAGCCUUUCUUCUCUGUCUCAGGUACAGAGCAUGCUGGACACUGAUGGGGAAGAUGAUGAAAAUGAUGGGAGAAGAACAACUUCUGAUACAUCGUACUUAAAUGCUGAGGUAUAUGCAGCAGUAAUGUGGCAUGGGGGACAGCUUGGUGUAUGUUACUAUGACUUGAACAGUUUACAGAUACACGUCAUGCCGGACACCCUAGAGAGUGAUGAUUUUUCUUUAGUUAAGCAAAUUCUGCGAGAAAUCCAACCAUCUGUUAUCGUUCUGAGUGCAUUACAAGACAACCGCUUACUGACCUGUUUAAAACAGUUGGUUUCUAACACAAGAUCAAGUCCAGGAAUCAUCAAUGAAGCUUGCAGACUGGAGUUUCUACCUAAUUCAGAUUUCAAUUAUGAGGUAGGCAAGAGGCGCAUUCUUGCAAUCAAGCUCCCUUCAAUACCCAACCACUACACAGAGGAUGAGAGGAAGGUGCAUUUUUCAUCUUUAGUUUCCUUUGAAAGAACCAAUAUGAUUCGAUCUAUUGGUGGUCUCUUAAAAUAUUUGGACAAGACGAGGGUUGGAGUGGAGCUGGAGGAUACAGACAUGUCGGUGCCAGUACUUGGCUUUAGGCUACUCACUCUAGAAAACCAAAUACAGAUUGACGCUCCAACAUACUGUGCUCUAAACAUUUUUCACAUGGAAUUUCAUCCAUCUGUGUACAAAUUUGGCUCCAGUAGCAAGGAAGGAUUGAGCCUGUUUGGAAUAUUAAAUAGAUGCAAAUCUUCUAUUGGAACUAAAAUGUUAAGACAAUGGUUUUUAAGACCCCUGAGAAAUGCUAUGCUUUUGAAUCAGCGCUAUGAUGCUAUUUCAUUUUUUCUGGAGCCUCGCAAUACAGAAAUCGUAAAUUGUCUACAAAGCAGUCUUAAACACAUCAAAUUCAUACCUAAAAUACUGUCUAGAAUGUCCAAAGCUCAAGCUACAAUAGGUGACUGGGUGGCUUUGUUUACAACCAUUUACUACACUGUUUAUAUUGGUGAUCUAUGCAAAAAUGUAAAAACUGGAGUGGAGAUAUUUAAAAAAGUAAAUAUGACUAUCACAGAUGAUCUUCAUCGUUGUGCAAACCUCAUAUGUAAAACAAUUAAUUUUGAGGAAUCAAAGCAAAAGAAAAGAUUUGUUGUGCAGCCAAAUGUAGAUGAAACUUUGGAUGAAAAAAAGCGCACAUUCAAUGGUUUACCAGAUUUGAUGACUCAUGUAGCUAGAGAGGAGCUAAAGUCACUGAGCAGUGAAAUUUCUGAAUGUGUCGUUAGCUACCUACCUCAGAUUGGUUACCUGCUUGUAAUUGACAUGCCAGAAGGCAAGGAAGAAAAUGAUGAUCACACAAUAGAUGGCCUUGAAUUUAAGUUUGCAUCCAAUAACCAGUUAUUUUACAAGACUCCUAAAACUUUGGAGCUGGAUACUAUACUGGGAGACACACAGUUAGACAUUAUAGAAAUGGAGAUCAAUAUCAUGCACCGUCUUCAAACUGUCAUUCUGGAAAAUACUCAAGUUUUACUUGAUGUUACAGAAGUGAUAGCUGAAUUAGACUGCUUAAUGGCCUUGGCUGUGUGUGCACAAGAGUUUGGUUAUGUUCGACCUAAUCUUGUCAAAGAAGAUGUGAUAGAUAUAAAAGCUGGGAGACACCCAUUACAAGAACUGUGCUGUUCUCCAUUUGUUCCUAACCAUGCAAUGAUGGGGGGAGAGAGUGGAAAAAUUAAACUUUUAACAGGACCUAAUGCAUGUGGGAAGAGUGUUUACCUCAAGCAGGUAGCACUGAUUGUAUACAUGGUCCACAUUGGUAGCUUUGCACCAGCCGAGCAAGCAAACAUUGGUCCCAUAGAUCAAAUAUUCUCCCGCAUCAAGACUUUUGAGAGCAUCUCGGAAGGGAUGUCUACGUUCAUGCAGGAAAAUAUGCAAAUGACGGAGGCCUUGCGAUUAGCCACUGCCAACUCACUAGUCAUUGUAGAUGAGUAUGGCCAAGGCACAGAAUCUACUGAUGGUCUGUCCCUGUUAACUGCUAUCCUGAAGUUUUGGAUUGCCAAGGGAACAACCUGUCCUUUUGUGCUAGUCUCCACACAUUUCCACAGCAUUAUCCACAAGAAGCUUCUCCCUUCUACUGCCCAGCUUCAAUAUUUGACUCUGGAAACAGUGAUGAACAAUGAUGAGUUAGUGUUCCUGUAUCAAAUCAGGGAAGGCCACACCAGCACCAGCUAUGCAUGUAACAUUGCAGCUCAUGUAGGCAUGCCAGCUUCAGUUAUACAACGAGGCAAAGAGGUCUCUGAUCUUCUUGCUCAGUAUAAGUCAGUACCUCACAUGAGGGACAGCGAUGCUAAAAAACAACAUGAGAGCUAUGAGAAAAUUGUGGAAGCCUUUCUUAAACUUGACCUAGACAAAGAUGACUUGCAGGGUUUUCUGAAAGACUUUGUGCUUAAAACAGUUCAAAAUACAGAAGAGAAUAUUUUACAACCUGUGCCCAAAUAUAAUGAGGUUCCACAAAUUAAAGCCACACACAGGGACAAACUCAACAGUGAAGGUGUAAAGAAUUCACUACUCACUGGCCCAGAUGUUGACCAUACAAGGAACACCAACCCCCCUGUUGUAUAUGUUGAUAAAAUUUGUCCUAUGCUGCCUGCAAGCCCACAAUCAAAACAAAGAGAGCAGCCUCAACCCAAGUCAAGCGAAGAUAAAUUUUGUAACAGUGAAAAGUCACAUCCUCCCAGCUUUAAACCAUUGACAAAUUUCACACCAAAGUCUGUUGUAAAUUACUCAGAAAAAUGCAAUGAUAAAUUAAACAAGAUAAAUGGAAAAGUAAAUGACAAUUUUAACAUAGUUCAUGACAAAAAUCAUGAUAAAACCAACAUGAUUCAUGAAAAAACUCAAAACUCUAACUCAUUACCAAACAAAAAUCAUGAAAAAUCUCUUGAUAAAACUAGAAUGAUUGGACAUGCAGACUUGUAUGACAAACUGAACUUAAUUAACACAAGAGCUCCUAAUCCUUUUCUAACAAGCACCCCAAAACUUCCUGACCCCCAGCAGCAGACUUCACAUCCACAAAAAACAGAACCAACAAAAAGUUCAGGUCCUCCAACUGAAAAAAGGAAAAUAGACAUGAGGUUUCUCUUUAACAGACCCAACAAACGGACAAAAAUAGACCAAGUUCCUUGCCCACAACGCAAGCAAAGUGAGUUUAUGUUUGAGAGUAAAUCAUUAACUGCCUUGAAGAAAGAAAAACUGAGUGAAAACUCUGAGAGUGAAGGGUGCUGUGAUACAUCAGAUGAUCAGUGUCUGAGCUCCAGGUAUCCUAGCACCACAGAGCUUAGCACAUCCUAACAAACAUCAUACCAUCUUCAGCACAUCCUAACUAAAAAAAAAAUAAUCCUUUGUAUCAGUGUAAUAGCUUUAGAAAUGAGAUGUCCUGGCACCUCAGAUCUCCCAUUCUGAACAUUCUAUUGCACAUCUGAACCAUAGUACAUCCUAACUCUAACACACACAUACAUCAUAGAAAUGGGGCACUGUAAAGUGUGUUUUUGUUUCACACCAAGGGGAAAACCAUUCUUUGUCACUGUAUACUUAACAUUUUUCCUAAUGUAAAGGGAGACAACUUCAUAAUUUAUAAUUCCACAACCAUAAUUUAUUUGCAUUGAUCCUGUACAAAAAAAAAAUUUAAAUUCAUUAAAUUGUUUAUAGAUGUUAUGAGAUUUGUUUGUAACAAUGUUACCUCUUGGAUUUCUUUGUUUAUGUAGCUCACACAUUGAAUUAUUUUUG